AUGUCAAAUGAUGAACCAGAACCACCAAAUGAAGAUGAGUUAAUUAAUAAUAUAUUACCUUCUUAUCAUAUGUUUCAAUCAACAGUCUCAAAAAAUCUAACUCCAACUGAUGAAAAUUAUUUGGUGGAUCCACCAAAUUAUGAUGAUAAAUCGUGUGAUAAAAGAAAUAAUAGUACUCCCAAUUUAAUGACACCAAUUACUUCAGAAACUCCUUCAUUACUUACAAGUGUAGCAACGUCCAAUAUGCAUUCGCCAAUUGAUGAGGUGGUAAAUCAAGGUGAAAAUUAUUUCAAUUUUGAAGAAGAAGAAGAACAAUAUAAUUAUAAUGAAGAAAGUGAUAACUUAUGGAAGAAUAAUAUAUUAUCAAAUGUCGAUCAAUUACCAAAUUUAACUUAUGCAAAGAAUCCAAUUGCUGACUCGCUAAAAAUAGAUAUACAAGUGACUGAAAAAGUUUGUCAAAAAGGUAUAAAACCAAUAUUUAUGGACCCGUCAACUAGAGAAUUUAAUCAAGGUGAUUAUUUACAUGGUUAUAUUACAAUUAGAAAUGUUUCUGAUAAGCCAAUACCUUUUGAUAUGGUUUAUGUUGUCUUCGAAGGUUCUUUAGCUAUUAUAAAUUCUCAAGUAGGUAUGAUUGAUGUCAAAAAUCCGCUUACAAGAUUUAAAUUUUUAAAUAUGAUGGAUUUAUUUGCUUCUUGGUCUUAUGCAAAUAUAGAUAGAUUAAUAACAGAUAAUGGUGAUCCUCAUGAUUGGUGUGAUGGUGAAACAGAUCCAUACGAUAAUACAUUAUUAGCUAUUGAUGUUAAAAGACUAUUUCAACCAAAUGUUACAUAUAAACGAUUUUUCACAUUUAGAAUUCCUAGUAAACUACUAGAUGAUACUUGUUCACAUAAUCUACCAUCACAUUUAGAAGUGCCACCUACUUUAGGUAUAGAUAGAAAUAAUGUAUUACCUUCAAUGAUAUUGGCUACUAAAAACAAUCAAAUUAAAGAUUUAUCAUUUAUGGAUAGUAGUAUAUCUUAUAGUAUAGAUGCAAGAGUUAUAGGAAAAGCAUCUGAUUAUAAUUUUCCUGUGGAGAAAGAUCAAUAUGUUGUUGCAAAAUUGGCUUCAACACCAAUUAGAGUCAUACCAAAACCAAAUCUAGAGUAUCAAUAUAAUAAAAACCAUAUAAUUAAAGAAGCUGGAAUAUAUUACAAGGCAUUUCUUGAUUCUAUAAUGGUUAAAAUUGAUUAUGGAAAUGAUUUAUUGAAUACUGCCACCAAUUUAAGACCACAUUUGAGUCCAGCAAUAAGUCAUGAUAGUGUUAAAUUAAGACACUUGUAUGAUGUUGCAAAUUCAACCUUCAAGAAAACCCUAAGACAAAGAAAAAUAGAUGAUGAUGAUUUAUAUCAAUGCUUAAUUCCAUUUAAGAAGAAGUCAAUAACUGGUUCUUCAAAAUAUUUAGGUGUUAUCUCAUUAUCAACAAUAAAAGAUGAUUACAGAAUACGAUAUACUUCACCACCGAAAUUUGGACGUUCAAGUAAAGAUACUGAACUAGUGAUACCUAUUGAAAUAAGUUAUUUUCUGGAGACCGAUAACUCGAGUAAAAAUAUACCAGAAAUUAAAUCAAUUGAUGUGGAAUUGGUUACUUUAACAAUAAGGUCAAACAAACAUGCUAUUCCAUUUGAAUUUAUACCAGAUAUGCUAUUCCAUGAAAAUGAAAUUGACAACACAGGUCACAGAAAGAAUUUUUUUCAAUAUGAUAAUUUCGAUCAAAUUAUAAUCAAAAAAUUUCAAGAAUAUUUAUACGAAUUUCAUAGAUUAAUUAAAGAACUAGGUAAUGACUUAUUGAAAAUAGAAACAAAGUUAUACAGAGAUGUUAAAAGUAUUGCAAGUUUAAAAACUAAAUAUAUUAAUUUACCAAUUUCAAAUUGUAAUUAUUUAUAUAACCAUAAUGGUAAUCUUGGAUCAUACACUAAUAUAAAAUCAAUUCCUUGGUCAGUAGAAGAAAAUACUCAGAAUCAAGUAUACUCCAAAAAACUUUCAAUAAAGAUGGAUUUAAAUAAUUGUAGUUUAAAAGGUACUGAAUUUCCAAUGAAAGGUUUAGAUACAAUUGUAUUAGUACCUAAUUUUCAAUCUUGUUAUAUGGGUAGAUUAUAUUAUGUUAAAGUAUCAGUUAGGAUGUCUCAUGGGGUUAAUUUAAUAUUAAAUGUACCUUUAGAAAUUUAUAAAUAG